AUGUCUGGAUAUCACAGAAUAGCCUUCACUAGCCUAGGAGUCUUUGACCCAAAGAUUGAAGAGCUAGCUUCCCGUGCCCGUCGUGAUGUAAAACGAGGGAAUGUGAGUCGCAAUUUGCAUUUCUACAUCCACAAGAAGAACAUGACCCUUCCAGUUGCUACCAGCUCCGUGGUGAUCCCCAUCAAGGCUAGGGUUUCCAGGCGAUUCGCAGUUGCCCGCAAGCCUUGGCCAGUGUUCCAUUUAUCCAGUUGGAUAAAAACUGCCAUGGAAACGAAGCCCUUUGAAGGUUUCUUUUUACUGGCCGGUAUGAAAUUGGACAAGCUGGCCCAAGCUGAGGAUGCCUUAGAGCUAUUCUGGUCACGAUACAAAGCUGUGGACCCCAAUACCCCUGACUAUCCACGGAGGACUUUACCCUUUUACAUUCACGGCGAUGAAGGUCGCUCCCAAGUGAAAAGGAACACGCUGACAACCAGAAUGCUUUACACCCUCCUACCAUCAGAGAACUACGCCCCGAACGGGGCGAGCACCCAAGCUUUGAUGGCAGAGUUGGUCAAAGAUUGCAACAAGCUUUACACUGAAGGUAUCGAUGUUUCCUGGAAUGGUCAAAGGUUGAAGUUCUAUGCCCGUUUCUGCGGGGUAAAGGGCGACUGGCCUUGGCUGCGAACUUGUUAUAAAUUAUCAACUGGCUUUACCAGCAAAAGGAUCUGCCAUGAAUGUCCUUCGAAUGAUUGGACUGACUUGUCACGGUCAGGGUCUACAAGGAGUUGGCCACGAAAUGGCGUGGCACCAUCUCCCUUCAAACCGGGCAGACGUGCUGCCAUUAGGAACAUGCUUCCUAGUGGUGGACAUCGAACCAUCCGUAUAGACAUAGCCCACACGUACGCCAUAGCCGGCUGGGGCAAGGACCAGCUGGCGUCGCUGCUGGUUCUCUGUGCGGUUCGUGCCAACCUUUGGGGCCGGGCCGGGUACGAGGAGCAGCUCAGGAGAGCCUUUGAAUCUUUUCAGGAGUGGUGCCGGGUGCAUUCCAAAACCUCUACAGUUCUGGAUUUCAGCAAGAAGGAGUUGAAGAUUUCUUCGCUUCAAUCUUUUCCUCGAGGCUUGGGGAAAGGUUCUGAUGCUGCGCUGGUUGGAGGAUGGCUGGAAAGUGUUUUGACCCCGGUGGAUCCUCAAACAGUCCCGGAAGAAUGCCGCGACAUGAUCAUUGUAGCGAAGUGGGGCAUUGCUGCGACAGGGCGCUUCUUCAGAAUCAUCUAUUCAGGCGAGUUGUGGCUCACCCGGGCCCAAGCACAAGCUGCAGUCUGUUCAGGGUUCAAUAUGAUUGAGUCCUAUGGGGCCCUGGCGCGGCUUGCUCGAUUGCAGAAGUGGCGACUUUUUUACAUGAGACCAAAGGUUCAUAUGAACCAGCACGUGCUGUUUCUUGGUAGCGGGCUGUGCUUUCUUGGCUGUAGCUUAUAUCAUGCCCACUGA